AUGACUCAACAAGCAAAUAAGCGCAACCCGAAACUGAAAUCACCUCUCUCCAGUCUGAGCUCAAGGCGUUACGCUGUGUCUGUAAGAAAAUUGUCUGAAAAGGAAGAAGGUUGCGAGAGUGUUGUUCUGAGAAAGCAGGAGGGAAGUGUCUCCUGCAUGAGAGAGAGCAGUGGAAGUUCACACGUAGACGAAGGCGAAGAGAUUUACGAGCACGUUGUUACGAGUAUUCUACAUUUGAUGGGAGGAUCACUUCUGAGUGACUAA